AUGGCGUCGAAAAAGGGCAGAGUAAUGAGAAUGACAGAAGAUUCUGCGGUGGAGGAAGAGGAUGUAACGCGGAUACCUCUGCAAGCCAUUCUCCUGGCUGAUGAUUUCGCUACUAAAUUCCAUCCAAUAACCUUACAACGUCCAAAGGUUUUGCUGCCUUUGACUAAACAGGUGAUUGAGCAUUUGGGUAAUUCUCAGUGGUUCAAUCAACCCAAUUUCUCAGUGAAAACAAUACAAUCCAAUGGCUCAGUUGGCGCAGGAGACGCUUUGCGUCUGAUUUAUGAACACAGUGUGAUACGCGGCGAUUUCAUACUUGUCAGCGGAGAUACUAUUAGUAAUAUCCCGCUUAAGGAUGCUGUGAAAGAGCACAGGGAGAGAAGGAAAAAGGAAAAUAAUGCUAUAAUGACCGUGGUGGUUUCUCCGGCGUCGUCGACGUACCAAUCUCGUCUUGGAACUGAAUAUCUGUUAAUGGCAAUUGAUCCUGGAUUGGCAAUUUCCCAAGAAAUGACACCAUUAGCAAAGACAUUAUUCGAAGGUGGACGUUUCCUUUGGUGCCUGAUGUCCAAUUUCUCGGAAUUAACACCACUGCAACAACUAAGCUCGAGAGGCAGGGGAUAUACAGAGGAUCAGGAGUUGAACUGGCAAGCUCUGCUCGGAUUGGUCUUUUUACUGUCUGAAAUAAUAGUGUGUGAUGGGGUGGUCAUCAAAUCAGGUGGGAUUCUUGAACCCGGUGUUGUUUUGUCGUACAACGUAGUAGUUGGACAGAAUUUUGUGGUUCCGGCUUCUUCAAAGGUAUCUUUAUAUCAGCAACCCAACAUUAGACAUAAUAAUAGUGAUUGUGCUGAUCCAUCAUUACUGCGGUUAUCAUUCAAUCUGGAAGCGAGAGAUUGUGCUGGAGCUUUGUUCUAUUCAAUAAUGAAGUUGGCAUUGACCAUGGGUCAUGUUUCCCGCGGCGAGUUACUGAAAAAUGUCGCUAGGCUGCUCGUCAAAUGGUGGAAAGUUCUAACGCAUUACAUUCCGAGCAUAGAUGAGGAGGUCGAAGUGAUUGCGAAAUUCCAAGAAAUGUGCUUGGCGGAAUCAACCAAGGAGGAGUACUCUCAGAUGUUUUUGGACAUUCUGAUUCUGCAUCUAUUAUAUGAGAAAGAUAUUGUGAAAGAGGAAGCGAUAUUGACGUGGGCUUCCGAGGAAGAAGGUGCAGAUGAGAGCCAUCAGGUCUUGUUUAAGCAAGCACAAACUUUCAUCCGGUGGCUGGAAGAAGCAUCCGAUGAAGGAGAAGAUGGGGAUUGA